GAGCACUGUGGCGACGAGACUUGAGUGGGGCAGAGUUGUUGCCGGAGAGGGAGGAGGAAGGCUGAGAGUAGACUGGGAGGGAAACGAGACUGUAAAAAAAUACCAUACAAGUAGGAAGAAAUACAACAAGAUCAUGGCUUCGGGGGACACUCUGUACAUAGAAACGGACGGGUCAGAAAUGCCAGCAGAAAUAGUGGAACUGCACGAAAUCGAAGUAGAGACAAUCGAGACAACAGUUGUUGGAGACGACGGUGAACACCAGCCGAUGAUCGCCUUACAGCCUCUUGACACGGAUGAUCCAAACUCACUUCACCCGCAUCAAGAGGUGAUUUUAGUGCAAACAAGAGAGGAGGUCGUGGGUGAGGAUGACUCUGAACUGCACACCGAUGAUGGUUUUGAGGAUCAAAUCCUUAUCCCAGUCCCAGCCGUGGAGGAGGACUUUAUCGAACAGACUCUGGUCACUGUAGCGGGGAAAAGCUCCACGACAGGCCGGAUGAGGAAGGCUGGGAGCGGAAAGAAAGCGGGCAAAAAGAGCUAUAUAAGCGGUGGAGAAAUGGGCAGAAAGUGGGAACAGAAGCAGGUCCAGAUAAAGACUUUGGAGGGGGAGUUUUCGGUCACUAUGUGGGCAUCGGGUAAGUUCAGAGUCCUGUGUGAAAUCCUGCAAGCUGGCCCCUCGCUUUGUUCUCAGCGUGUGUGCCGUGUGACAGGGCCCUGCUGGGGCCUUGUCCUCCGCUAAACUAGGAAUUAUUUCCCGACUCUGAGCCACUGAAACUUCAUUUGAAAUGUUAUUGUUUUUAUGGGAAGCCAUGUUUUAUGUGUUGAUGGGCGCCGCCAUAUUUCCCCGGUCUAGAAAGUAUGGCGGCCCGAAAAAAUGGCGUUUAUUUGGCCGACGAAGAUGGCGGCGAGAGUGGGAGCGAGUGCAGCUGGCUCCGCUAGGCCGCUGUGGCGCAGUUCAGUUCAACUCUCACUGUGGUGGUGCCUUCACGAACUCCCGGUACUUUUCACUUAAGAGGCUUUAAACGCACCUUAAUGUAAAAGGACAGAAAGUCAGAGAAACGGCACACCAUGUUUAUUAAGUAAUUCUUUGUGCGAGUAGUUUGCAUUGUCUAUUGAGAAAAUAAACAGGUUAAACUAAGGUAGCGACUGCAUUUAAUGUUUCAAAGUAAAAACAGUGUAUCUGUCAUAUUUCUUUUUCCAUUUUUAUUGUAUAUUUAUUAAGCUAGAAAUUUUAUCUCCAUGAAUUUGAAAUAUUUCUUAUUUUAGUUGAUACAACUCAAAUAUAGUAUCAUAAUUCUGUAUUAGACAUUAGAAUAAAUAAAUAUGCCACCCUAUCAUAACAAAACUUGAAUCAUACUCAAACAUUAGUUUCCUGAUGACUGUAAAAACAUCAUAACACAUGUCUUGUGACAUCUAGAGAUUAGGUGCUUAAACAUUGACUGACAAAACCUGCUUUUUUACCACCUUUGUGUAUUAGUUAUAAAUAAGUUGUUAAAUAAUGGCAGAUAGUACUGUGUGUUUGGGGGGAGGUCUCUGAUAGGCUUUAAUCAGUUCCUCCCCAAUGAUCUUAUCCUGUUCAACUGAUCAACUCAUCUCUUCCUUUCAUUUAGAUGACAAGAAAGACAUUGACCAUGAAGAGCAAAUCAUUGGUGAAAACUCUCCCCCAGAUUAUUCUGAAUACAUGACGGGAAAGAAGCUUCCACCUGGAGGCAUCCCCGGCAUCGACCUGUCGGACCCCAAACAGCUGGCGGAGUUUGCACGGUAGGUGCUUAGGUUUAUGUGAACUCUGGCUAAAAUUUGUACUGAGACCACUGGAAUAAAACACCAGAUAUUCAUAGGAUCUAUUUGCUUUGCCAAGAGCCAGAUACAGAAAAUAUUUAAGACAGCUGGAAUUAAAAUAAUGCCGGUCAUGUGGGUGAAGCUGCACCGGGUAUUGAACUGUGUGGAAUCAAAUCUGUUCAGAAAUAACUGUGUGAGUUGUGUGUUAAAGUUGUUUACUGUGUUUUUGUUUUAGAAUGAAACCAAGAAAGGUAAAAGAGGACGAUGCACCAAGAACGAUAGCCUGUCCACACAAAGUGAGUGCAGUACUGUUUAUUACACAAGUUUUGAGCAAAUACUGAAGGAUGAAAACAUUAACAAUAGCUUUCUCAGUUGCACGGUAAUUGCCUUGUAUAAACCCUUAAUGAGUAGAUACAUGUAUUCAAUAGACAGAGGAACAUCAGUAGUUGUGUGAUUCUGCUGUCAAGAGUCUCUGAUAAUUGAAAUGUUUACCAAGUGAUUUGAGACAUCUUGUUUUACUCCCUCUCAGGGAUGUACCAAGAUGUUCAGGGACAACUCAGCCAUGAGGAAGCACUUGCAUACCCAUGGGCCUCGUGUGCACGUCUGUGCAGAGUGCGGCAAAGCCUUCGUUGAGAGUUCAAAGCUGAAGAGGCAUCAACUGGUACACACAGGAGAGAAACCCUUUCAGGUGAGCCCUCUACUUGGUUUCCUCUUUUCCCAGAGGAAUGUUUAUAUAUAUAUUUUUUUUAAAUAUUCAAGGUAGCCAUUGCUCGACAGUCUUUUUAAGGAACCAGGUCUUUGCAUCACUUGCUGUAGUAAUGCCGGAAUAUUCAAAGUUAACUCCAUGUCUCUUUUUUUCUAGUGCACAUUUGAAGGCUGUGGAAAACGGUUCUCCCUGGACUUUAACUUGCGCACACAUGUGCGGAUUCACACUGGAGACCGCCCGUAUGUCUGCCCUUUUGAUGGCUGCAAUAAAAAAUUUGCUCAGUCAACCAACCUGAAGUCUCACAUCCUCACACAUGCCAAAGCCAAAAACAACCAGUGAACCAGGCGUGCUAAGAGGAACAAGAUGAGUGAACACUGGAGGACUUGACCUGAAUCUCCACUCCUUGACAAACUUGUGUCCUGCUUCGUUGUGAGAGAAGAAGUCCCCUUUGUUUUACCUCUAGAUUAAAGUGAACUCUUUUGAAACUCUUUGAUAUUUGUAAGGAGGUUUGAACAAGGAACUCGUGAGAACCCCAACCCCCUCAGGCAUCCUACCUUACUUUGGCGCUACCUGGAUGGAACAAUUUACGGUUUCUUCUUGUGAAGAUGUUAAAUCAUGGAUCUACACCUAAAAAAAAAAAAAACGUAUUUAUACCUAAACUCAGCCAGUUCAAAGUUUUUGCAAUAAAUGUCAAAUUUGCAUUGAUCCUCCACAAUGACACCUUUUCAAUUUUCUACUUUCCCCUAAGUGUGCAUAUUGUACACUGAUAUAAGCUCUGUGGAAAUGUAUGUAGUGAGACUGUCCCUGUAGUUCUUCCUUCAUGGAAGAGGAUUCACACUUUGUUUUCCCUCCCACUUUCCCCUUCAUGUGAGUGUGAUUCAAGAAGGGGGGCUGGGUGGUCUUUCCAUAUUUUCAUUUUGUACAAUGCAAUAUCAGAACCUUGUAGAUAAUAGCCAUGUGAUUUUUCAAUAGUGAUCACUGAUUAAAAUGAUUUUCCCUUGCACUACCAACACAGUGUCAUCU